GUGCACUCACUACUUGUAUCUUUUCUUAACAUGUCGUCAUUGAGUAAAGACUGACGAAUUGCUCCAAUCGUUUGUUGGGGAGAUGUGAUAAAAGCUAAAUGAGUGACAGCGGAAGCUACGAGUGACAUUGCUCUGCCAUAAGUCUUUGAACCCAACCUUGAUUUUCUGAACUUUGUACUCCCGUUAGUGUGCGCGAUCCUGUGUGCGUUUCUCGACUUAAGGCAAGCGCGCUUCGUGGACGCGCUUUCAGCCGUACGGGGACGCGCUAAGCAGUGCAGAUGUGUCGCAGAUUUGAAAACUCACUGUACAGAAGGAGAGGGCAAAUAUCAGGAAAUGAAUCGGUAAAAAAAACAUUUGAAACAGAAACAAACCAACGGUUCUGCGAGGAGGGGAGUAGUUGGGGUGGAGUGUUGCGUUUCUGAAACGUGUCAGCCUGGAUUUUCAAUUUAUAACUACUUUGUGAAGGAACAGGACUAUCCAGGCAAACGGCGAACAUUAACAUUGAACGUGACGUGUGUGUACAGAGCACGGCACAACAGUGAUGGAACUGUCAGCUAUAGGCGAACAAGUGUUUGCCGUGGAAUCGAUAAUCAAGAAGAGAGUUAGAAAGGGGAAUGUGGAAUACUUACUGAAGUGGAAAGGAUGGCCUCCUAAGUACAGCACAUGGGAACCAGAGGAGCACAUUCUGGACCCUCGGCUAGUUCUGGCCUAUGAGGAGAAAGAGCAGAAGGACAGGGCGAUUAGCUACCGGAAGAGAGGGCCCAAACCUAAGAGGCUCCUCCUGCAGAACAUCUACACCAUGGACCUCCGCAGUGCCCACAAGGCCUCGGAGAAGCCGCCCGCUCGCCUGCGCCUCUCCCUCACCCGCUCGCUGGACGCUGGGCCGGGGUCCUGCGGGGAGCACUCCCGGGCGAGGGGAGGGGGGCUGUACCGACGGCUGGCUCGGCGCAAGAACAAGCAGAGGGCGUCCCGAUUCCUGCGCCUCGCCCCUCCUCCCCGACCCCCUACACCCACACUGGACCCCCCGGAUGAGGACUGGGGUGGGAGGGAGGAGGAGGAGGAGGAGGAGGAAGUGGAGGUGGAGGAGGAAGAGGAGGGCAGACAGGAUGCAGAGAGAGUUCCAGACUUGCACAGAGACACUCAGUCUGGCUCAAGCAGAGCGGAGGAUUGGAGCCCCUCGGAGGAGCCUGAGGACGUGACUGUGACCGCGAGGUCAGAGAGCUGGAGCCCCGUGAUUGGCCCGGGGGAGGUGACCGUGACCGACGUCACCAUCAACUCGCUGACAGUGACUUUCAGGGAGGCCUUGGCGGCCAGAGGGUUUUUUCGCGGCUGGGGUCUGGAGUCCUGAUGAAGAGAGAGAGAGGGGGAGAUGGGAGGGACCCCGGAGAGAGGGGAAGAGGGAGAUUGAGAAGGCGGGCUUGCUUGGUCUUACCCUCUCAUGUGGUCUUACAUACCUCCUGAUUUCUUCAGAGCUGUCAAUCAGUAGACCCCUCCCCCCUCUCUUUUGGUUCAUACGUCAUAUACGACAAACCUGUCUUCUCCAUCUCUCUCUCUCUCAUCUUUUUGACAUCCUCUUCCUCUCCUGACUUCCACCCGUUCAAUGCAUGCUUGAUACAGCAUGUACACCCGUACUUGGCAUUCUGGUGUACAAUCACAGUUGAACAUGUUAUCUUUACCCUGGCAGCGCUAAAAUGCCCUUCUGCUGUGUGUUUACACUGGGAUUCAAAUUCAUGGCGAGCUGUAGGAUGUAGCCAGCCUAAGAGCUUCAAACA